UUCAUCGGUUUCACAUUUCUCUUCUUCACUAAAGAAACACCAAUUUGGUUUUGUACCAUAUCAAGGAAGCAGCCGGUAUAUGAUUCUUAAUCCCGUUGUUGUUUGCUCCGCCGCGUGAAACCCAGAGAGGGAGUGUGAUUUUCUUCCUUCCAACAGCUGCAUUUGAGCAUCACGCGAUCAAGUCUUCGUCGACCUCUGCCAGAACAGCCGCCGACAAAGUUAUUCAAUCAUCCCACUACUCGUAAUAGGAGCCUUCAUGAUAUUCUUCCCUUGCCCAGCUGAAUAGGAGAUGGGUGUAGCAACUGAUUCUCCAGUAAACUCAUUCAGUAGCGAUGACUUUGCUGCACUGCUGGACGCUGAGUUAGAUACUGCAUCUGAUACAUCACCCGAUCGUGAAGAUAGUGAUGCAGAUGAGGAUAAAUUGUCUUCUGAAUCCAUUAGUGUUAAGAGGCGUAAGAUGGAGGCAUCUGUUGACGUGGAGGAAAUUGGGACAUCAUCUUCAUACCAAAUGACAGAGAAUAGUUCUGUUUCUGUCAAGACGGAUAUAUGCACACAUCCUGGUGUUUUUGGAGGAAUGUGUAUUGCAUGUGGGCAAAGGGUGGACGUUGAGGAAGGCCAUGUGUCACUUCGUUAUAUACACAAGGCGUUAACCUUCAAAGAUGAUGAGAUAACCCGAGUACGCAAUAGAGAUUUGAAGAAUCUGUUUCGGCAAAAAAAGCUGUACCUGGUCCUUGAUUUAGAUCACACCCUUCUCAAUUCAACCCGGUUUAUGGAUGUUAUAUCGGAGGAGCAGUACUUGAUGGGCCAAAUAGAUUCCCUGCAAGAUAUACCGAAAGGCAGCUUGUUUAGACUGGAUUCCAUGCACAUGUUGACCAAGUUGAGGCCUUUUAUUCGUACUUUCUUGGAAGAAUUGAGUCCCUUGUUUGAAAUGUACAUAUACACCAUGGGGGAAAGGGCCUAUGCAUUACAAAUGGCAAGUCUGCUUGACCCGACAAAAACAUACUUCGGUACAAGAGUGAUUGCCAAUGAUGAUUGCACUCUGAAACAUCAGAAGGGUUUGGAUGUGGUGGUUGGACAAGAAAGUGCUACCCUUAUUCUUGAUGAUACAGAAGUGGUAUGGGGAAAGCACAAGGAAAAUCUGAUACUGAUGGAAAGAUAUCAUUUCUUCGCCUCAAGUUGCCGACAAUUUGGUUAUAGCUCUAAGUCUCUCUCUCAGCAAAGGAGUGAUGAAAGUGAGACUGAUGGAGCUCUUGCCUCAGUUCUUAAAGUUCUUAAGCGGAUACAUGGUUUGUUCUUCGCUGAGGAAACUGAAGUGGGUUCAUCAGAGAUCAUCCCGUUGGACAGCAAAGAUGUAAGACAGGUUCUGAAAACAGUUCGGACUGAAGUUUUAAAGGGGUGCAAAGUGGUCUUCAGCCGUGUAUUCCCAAAUAAUGUUAUUGCAGAAAAUCAACAUCUCUGGAAGAUGGCAGAGAAACUAGGAGCUGUUUGUUCAACAGAAAUUGAUUCGUCUGUAACCCACUUAGUUGCGACAGAUGCUGGAACUGAAAAAUCGCACUGGGCAAUUAAGGAGAAGAAGUUUGUUGUGACCCCACAGUGGAUAGAAGCUGCCAAUUACUUCUGGUUCAGACCACCUGAAGAAAACUUUCCAGUUAACCAAAAUAAAUGACAACAUGUCUAACUCAAACAGAAAGCCUAAUUUAGAAGUUCUGGCCUGAAAUUCUCAGUUGGCAACAUCAACAGUUCAAAGUGUCUUUCAGUGCAAGAAACUGUAAAUAGAGGUAUUGUUUGUUUGGGAAUUAAUUGUAACGAAACAACACUGAUAACAUAUUGUUCUUGACAAUGAUUUUGAAUAUUUGAUAUUAGAAAAAGAAACAUUUAAACUUUUUUUUUGUAGCCCAUCAUGUGAGAUUUGGGUCUAGAAGAAAGAAGAAACCUUCAUUGUAGACAUGCUGUUAUUUAUUUUAAAGUUAAAUGAACAUGCACAAGAAUUCUUGUUUAAAGCAA